UGUAAUUUUUUUGGUUGCAUUGUCGCAGAACGCAUUAAUCUUGGCAAAAUAUCGAGUUCAUACAAUAGAUCAAGCUUGAAUUAUAAGUAUGAAAAUCUUGAGAAGGCAACAAAUUACUUUGAUACAUCAACUAAAGUAGGCCAAGGAGGAAAUGGUUCUGUAUAUAAAGGAACUCUGCCUAAUGGAAAUGUUAUUGCAGUUAAGAGACUGUUUUUCAAUACAAGACAAUGGGUUGAUGAAUUCUUCAAUGAGGUUAAUCUAAUCAAUGGAAUUGAACACAAAAAUCUUGUUAAGUUGUUGGGUUGCAGUAUUGAAGGCCCCGAGAGCUUGCUCGUAUAUGAGUUUGUGCCAAAUAAGAGCUUGGACCAAUACCUCUUUGACAAGAGCAAGAUAAAGAUUCUAAGUUGGGAAGAACGUUUCCAUAUUAUAGUUGGAACAGCAGAAGGCCUUGCAUUCUUACAUGGAGGUUCUGAAAUCAGAAUCAUUCAUAGGGACAUCAAGAGUUCAAACAUACUUCUCGACGAAAAUCUUGAAGCAAAGAUCGCUGAUUUUGGACUUGCUCGGUGUUUUGCAGCUGAUAAAACUCAUCUUAGCACUGGAAUUGCUGGCACAUUAGGAUAUAUGGCUCCUGAAUACCUAGUAAAAGGACAGCUAACAGAAAAGGCUGAUGUCUAUAGUUAUGGAGUGCUUGUUCUUGAAAUUGUUUGUGGCAGAAAAAACAUUGCCUUUGCUGAGGACUCUGGAUCUCUACUACAAACAGUGUGGAAACUCUAUACAACAAAUCAAGUUACUGAAGCAUUAGACCCUCUAUUGAAAGGUAAUUUUCCACCAGAAGAGGCAUCAAAGGUUCUAAAAGUAGGGCUAUUAUGCACUCAAGCUUCUGUCGCUUUAAGACCAUCAAUGACUGAAGUUGUCCAAAUGUUAACAUGUGAAGAUUGUCAAAUUCCAGAACCAUGCCAACCACCUUUCUUAAAUUCAAGUUUAUUAGCUGGCGGCUCUCUUAAAUCCAGCAUAAGAAGUUUAGUCUCAUCAAAUACACUCUUUAAAUUAGAUGAAUCUUAUACCACAACUACAGGGACAGGGUCCUCUAGUAUACAUAGUUCAUCAGAUGGACCACCAAGAAGUGAUGAAUUUCUUCUAAAACAUUCUGAAAAAUAGAAAAUAAGUUAAUUGCCCCCUCCCCCCCCCCCC